GCUUCUAUUGUGGACCGUUCGGGCGUCGUGUUUCUGCUUUAGGCCUGCGGUCAAUGCCGGUAUUUUCCCUCACCGAGUGUCCCCGGGGAUCUAUAGCGGGUUUGGGGGAGAAAGGAGGCGAAUUGUGAAGAUGUGCAAGCAUGUAAAGACCGGCUUGGCCUCAGUCCCCGGUGUGUGGUAACGGCCUCGGUUGGCUCGAGCUACCUCAAGUGGCUCUCUUUUGGUCUCUGUCGGUUCCCAGCUCACGGAGGCUCCGGGACUAGUCAUGGAGCCCACCUUCCCGCCUAGUAUGAUUAUGUUCAGCCACCUACCGCCGGUCACCACCUUCGCCCGUUUAGGCUCCGAUUUGAUGCAGGCGCCGCCGCCUCUGCCUGGGCCUGGAGACAUGAUCCUCAAGAAAGAGCCCGGCUCCCCGCCGCACCCGGGAGACUUCCUCCACAGCCUAACCGGUAUCAAGCAAGAGAAAAUGGGGGAACACGAACAGUACCGGUUUUACGGGGACAGACCGCCCGAGAUCGUGGAGGUGACGGUGGGAAGCCAGGGUCUCAUCCCUGAGCUGGGCCUCAAUAGAGAGCUCUUAAUAAGGACUGACAGAAAUGGCUGCGACCCAAAAGAGAGUCCAUCCACAAAGAAGACCAGGCGGCCAAACUCUGACGCUCAGGAAGCCAAAUCCAAACGCAGGCGGAGUGACUCUUCUAAAUCUUUAGGUGGUGAUUGUGAAGCUGCUAAUUUAUCUCCAAAUCAGAAACCUCAUAUAUGUGAACACUGCAGUGCUGCUUUUAGGAGCUCCUAUCAUCUGCGCAGACAUGUGCUCAUUCAUACAGGUGAAAGACCUUUCCAGUGCAGUCAGUGCAACAUGAGCUUCAUUCAGAAGUAUUUGCUGCAACGACAUGAGAAGAUCCACAGUGGGGAGAAGCCUUUUAACUGUGAUCAGUGCAACAUGAAGUUUAUACAGAAGUACCAUAUGGAGCGGCACAAGAGGACACACAGCGGAGAAAAGCCAUAUAAAUGUGAUACAUGUCAGCAGUUCUUUUCAAGAACAGAUAGACUGUUGAAGCACAAAAGAACAUGUGGUGAAACUAUCAAUAAAGGAUCUAUGGAGCCUGGGUCAUCAAACCCUAAUUUGGAUAGUAUGUCGGGUAACUUUGACUUAUCUCAGGGAAAUUUUUCUGGGCGGAAAAAGGGCAAGUCCAGAAAUGGCUUGGCACAUAAGGACCAGAAGCCUGGGAACAAACUCAACGAGGCACAAAUGGCACCCAAUCUCAACAUUCAGAAUUACUCAGUGGACCUUCCCAUUGUGUCUUCCAGUAGUGGCUCACCUGGCGCCGGUAUGGAUGACUUAAACGCCAAGGUGCCAAAACUGGUUUUUAAGAAGGUAAACCGGAAAAAUGCAGAGAAAAACGAUCUCUCCCUGGAGCCUCAGUCCAACAUGGCAAUCCAAAAACUUUCUGAGAAGGCCAAUAGCCCUCUUGAUAUGGUCGGAAGCUCCGGUGUUGACACCAUGAACCUUCUUCAAAGUGGGGUUAACAAGGGGCAUACUAGUAGCAAUUACGAUGAUGCCAUGCAGUUCCUGAAGAAACGAAGAUAUUUGCAGGCUAAUAACAGUAACAGUGCCUAUGCUGUGAAUGUAGGGCACAUGGUGACACAACAGUCUGUCAUUCAUUCUGCGGUUUCCAGUGUUAUGGAUGGGGAGAACCCACUGACUCUUAUAGAUUCUCAGUCUCUGAAUGUUGACAUAAAGAACUGUCAGGACAAAUCUGUGAUUCCUGAUGAGGUCCUCCAGAGUAUAUUGGAUCACUACACCCACAAAUCGGUAGUGCACCCAGAUGUCCCUUUUAACAUUUCCGAGCACCACGUAGAUAUGCAUGCGACGGGAGACGGCGGCGAUCUGGUACAGGAGGAAAACGUCUGCUCAGACUCUCAAUCUACGUCCAAUGACAAGACCAACAUGUUUCAGGAGUACUCCAAAUAUCUUCAGCAAGCUUUGGAAAGAACAAGCCAUACAAGUACUUUCCCACUGGGACCGAGUUUACAGUUUGUAAGUCUGUCUUCAUCUCUCGCAAACCCUUCUUUGUUCUCUGAUAAGCAUAUAUACACUACAUCUCCUCUCGAGUGUGGAUUCAAUCAACCUUUAAAUUCAGUAUUGCCUUCCUCUAUGCCCAAGUCGCACUUUGGUAUGGUGGUGGGACCCCAGUCUGGCUUUUCGUUGUCCUUGGAGUCAACUCAUCAGCAGUUGACUCCAUCCCAAGAGUUGGCCGACCAAAUUGACCCUCAGAAAACCUUAGAUUCCUCCUCCAGCUACCAGAUUUCAUCUCAGGAAUUGAACGGGCAGAAAGAUCAACAGAAGAACCUGGAUUCCGCGUCGGGCUUUCACCUGCAAACGCAGGAGCUGUCCAAUGCGCUGGAAGAGCAGAAGGACAACAGACCACGAGCUACCUGCCAGAUCGAGAACUUUGCACAGGCGUUUGGUUCUCAGUUCAAGUCUGGUAACAGGGUGCCAAUAUCAUUUAACACUACCGCUGACGGAGGAGUGGAUCACAGGUUGAGGACUUCAACGCCAGAAUUCUCAGGUUACUCUAAUUUGCUAUCUGAAGUAGUUGAAGCAGGUAGCGCAAGAGUCAAGACUUCAAGUAGUCAAAGUUUCAGUUCUUACACAAAAAAGAAUCCUCCAGAUGCGCCAAAUUCCAGAAAUAUUUCUUAUUUUGUUUCAAGAGAGUACAGAAAAAACCACAACACGGACGACCGAUAUAUGUUAAGGUUAUUCGAACAAUCUGGCCAAGAUUAUUAGAGGAGUCGAACUUCUGCUGAUUGGAUUCCACGUUUACAUAACGUUGUUUUGAGGAGAAACCGUGAACUUUUUUUUUUUUUCCAUUUUGAAAUUAAGUUAAAAAUAAAAAGUUUACAUCAAAAUUA